AUGAAAAGACAUAGCACAGGAAAAAAAUUUCACAAAAUAAAGGGAUUGAAAAAAGCAGAUCCAAAGGCAAUAAUUCCUGAGACUCCAAAAGAAAUAAAAGAUUUUAUUGAAGAUCUAACAUUUAAAGGGUCAUCAAUAUAAAAAGUGAAAUAUGCAUACUUUUAAACAAGAAAUGGUUUGAAAUAUCCAGGUUUAAUAGGUAAUUGAUAUAAUUAUAAUAGCUACUGAGGCUAUUGUACCAAAUGACACACUUGUAACAUUACCAAGAGAAACAUUACUUACUACGUAUUAAGCAUUUGAAUCACCAUUGAAACCUAUGUUUUUAGAAUACCCAUAGUUUUUUAGCCCUUAAUUACAUCCAACAUGGGAAAAUAAUUAAAUUCUUGCAUUUUUACUUUAUGAAUAUCAAAAAGGAAAGGAAUCAAAUUGGUAUCACAUGAUUGUGAAUUUUCCUAAGGAUGUUGAUUAUGCUGUAUAUUGGAAUUCAGAUGAUUUAGAAUUGUUAGAUGAUUAAAAAAUGAUUAAAUAAGCAAGAAAAAAGUAUAUUGAACUUUUGGUGAGUUUCUAAACUCUUAGAUAUAUCGCAGAUAAAUUUCCAAAUCUUUAUAAACCAGGAAUAGUAACUAUAGAAAAUGCUAUAUGGCUUCAUACAAGUAUUGUUACUAGAUGUUUUGGAGGUUAAGGAUUAAAAUAUGUCACUAUGGUACCAUUUUGUGAAUUAUUUAAUCAUGAAAAUAGUGAUGUUUGUUAUGAUCUUUAAUAAUAAGAUAAUAGUACAAGAUAUAAUUAUGAAUUUAUGACAAAAAAAUUAAAUAAAGAAAAGUAAGAUGAUGAUGAAUUAUCUAUAACAUCAUCAGAAAACUCUUAAUUUUCAGAAGAUGAUUUAAGUGAUUCUGAAUUUGUAUAAGAUGAUUAUAAUUAUUAUCAAGAAUUUGAUUUUGAUGAAUAUAGUGAAUAAGCUAUCUAAAAUUCUAAAAAUAAUUUGAAAUUUAAAACUAAUAAUAAUCAAAAAUAAAAUGAUUUAUUAUUAAAAAUGAAUAAAGAAUUCAAUAUUAAAUUGAAUAUUUAAAAAGAUAUUUUUUUAUUGGCUGUUGAUUGUAAAGCAUUUUUAUUUUAAAAUAUUGAUUUUGGAGAUAAUAUAUCAAUAUUCUUUAUAGCAUAAAUAUUUAAUGAAUUAGACACAUCAUUUUAAAACUUUAUCUAUGAAGAAAAAUCUUCAUAUCAAAUUAGAGAAUAUAUCAACCAAAUUUAAAAGGCUUGUACUUCAUAUAAGAAUUAUUGGUAUCAUUUUAAUAAUGAAAUUCUGAGAAGACCAAUUUAAUAAAAAUACAAUUAUUUUGCUUAAAAAAUAGGUAAAAGACCAACUAGAAAUAUACAUAGUAUGGAAUAAAUAUUAAAAUAACCUGUUGAUCGUAAUUGUGAUUAUUAUACACCUUUUUAUUAGAAAGAGCAUUUCAAAAAUCUAUUAAUGAGAACUAGAGAUCCAUUUGAAAAAGGAUCUUAAGUAUAUUUUUGUUAUACCAGAUUGUCAAAUAAAAUGAUGCUUCUCAAAUAUGGAAUGGCUCUGGAAUAUAAUAAAUAUGAUAGUACAUUUUUAAGAGUUGAAUUUUUAAAAUAUCUCGAAAAAAGUAAAGUAGGAACAUGGAUUGUUCAUAAAUUUAAACUAAGUAAAUUAAAAAGAUUCAAAUUAAAGCAUACUAUUCCACCUUAUGAAUUAAUUGUUUUUUGUAAAUUAGUUAAUUGGUAUAUUAUAUUUAAUUCUAUUAUAUAGGACUUUUAAUAUUGAUACUGUGGAAACAAUAUUUAAAAUCUAAGAUUUAUAAUUAGAAAGAAAAGCUCUUGUUUUAGCCCUUAAACUUUUAGAAGAAUAGAAUUCUAAAUUUAAGGAUAAAAUAGAAGAUCUUGAGUUAUUAUUACAAAAUUAAAAUAUUGGAUAUCAUGAAUAUUUUGCAGUUGUUUAUAGAUUAGAAAGAUUGAGAAUAUAUCGUCGUAAUAUUAAGUAAGUAAUUUAAUAAUUUUUAAAUAGUCUAAUUAAUAUUAGCAUUAUUGUUCUAGAUAAAAUGAUGCAAGGAGUUCCUUUUGAAAAAGCAUCAGAAAAAACAGAAUAUGAUUUAGAUUUUUACGAAACAAACAGAUACAUAUUAAGAAAAUAUUUUGAAUAAAUGAGAUGGGCAUUAUAUAACUUAAAAUGAGA